UGGAGCUGUUCUCCGGGUGGCUGCAGCUCCCCCAUGGCGCUGUACCUGCUGGCCCAGCGUGCCCAUGCCCGCCGGCGGAGGCGGGUGCCCCAGGAGCGGGUGUUCAAGCCCCGGAUCCAGUUCCUGAACAUGCCAGAGGAGCAGGUGAUGCGGCGCUACCAGCUCAACCCUGAGAUGAUCCGAGACCUGUGCCACGCACUGGAGUGUGACCUACAGCCCUCGACCGGCCGCAGCCAUGCUCUCCCUGUUUAUGUCAAGGUGACGGCUGCCCUUAACUUCUACACCUCGGGCACCUUUCAGACGCCGGCGGGCGACGCGGCUGGCAUCAGCCAGGCCAGCAUGUCCCGCUGCGUCUCCCAAGUCACGACUGCCCUGACCCGCCGUGCCAACGCCUACAUCCGCUUCCCCUUCCAGCCUCGGCAACAGGCCCGCACCAAAGAGGAGUUCCUGCGCAUUGCUGGCUUCCCCAACGUGCUGGGCACGCUGGGCUGCACCCACGUGGCCCUCAAGCCGCCCUCGGAUCACGAGAACCUCUAUCGCAACCCACUGCGCUUCCACUCCAUGAACAUGCAGCUGGUGUGCGAUGCCCACGGCAUGAUAACCCAUGUGGUGGCCGAGUUCCCCGGCUCUGUGCCGGAUGCCCACAUUCUCAGCUGUUCCAGCCUCAGGGGCAUCUUUGAGGGGCACCAGAACCUGGAUGGCUGGCUGCUGGCGGAUGGCACCUACCCCCUGAAGCCCUGGCUGCUGACACCUGUGGAGGCAGCAGAGACAGCAGCUGAGCAGCGAUACAAUGCAGCGCACAUGGCCACGCAGGCUGUGGUGGGACGUACAGUGGGGGCACUAAAAGGCCGGUUCCGGUGCCUGGACCAGGCAGGGGGGGUGCUCCAGUACAGCCCCCUCAAGGUCUGCCACAUCUUUGUGGCUUGCUGUGUCCUGCACAACAUGGCUGUGGGGCGGGGCAUUGCCAUGCCUGAAGGGGUGGAGCCGGGUGCCAGGCUACCUGACCAGGCUUCUCCCCACCCUGAGCCCCUCUCCCAGGAGGCCCAGUGCCUGCGGCAAGAGCUCAUCACCAGCUACUUCAGCUGAGGGGCACCCUGGGCCCCUGACCUACAUGCGUGUGGGGGGAGAUGCAGGGAUUGGAAGCCAG